AUGCUUGAAGCUCGGUUGGACACGGCGAAUCUCUUCAAGAGUGCCGUCGAUGCCAUCAAGGACCUCGUCCAGGAUUGCAACUUUGACUGCAAUGACAGCGGCAUUGCCCUCCAGGCCAUGGACAACAGCCACGUCGCCCUCGUUUCCAUGAUGCUCAAGGCUGAAGCCUUCUCUCCCUUCCGCUGCGACCGCAACAUUGCCCUCGGCGUCAACCUCACCUCCCUUACCAAGGUGCUGCGCGCGGCCGGCCGUGACGACACGUUGACCCUCAAGGCCGAGGACGCCCCCGAUGUGCUGAACUUGGUUUUCGAGGCGACCGCCCAGGACAGAAUCUCCGAGUACGACCUUAAGCUCAUGGACAUUGACCAGGAGCACUUGGGCAUCCCCGACACCGAGUAUGCCGCCACCAUCAGCAUGCCAUCAGCCGAGUUCAAGCGCAUCACGACUGAUCUCAUGGCCAUGUCGGAGUCUGUUACUAUCGAGGCGACCAAGGACGGUGUCAAGUUUUCUUCGACUGGUGAUAUCGGCAACGGGUCUAUUACUCUGAGACAACACACGCCUGUUGACAAGCCCAACGAGACGGUCGAGAUUGAGUUGAGCGAGCCGGUUGCUCUGACCUUUUCUCUGAAAUAUCUCACCAACUUUUGCAAGGCGCAGCCGUUGUCGAACCAGGUCAAGCUUUGCUUGUCGGCUGAGGUGCCCUUGAUGGUGGAGUAUGGUCUGGAGGGUGGCAGCUAUCUCCGCUUCUACCUUGCGCCAAAGAUCGGCGACGAGGAGUAA